AUCCGCGAUAUUACCUUUGCUCUCAGGAACACAAUACGGAGAGGGGUUCAUGAGCGACAAAAAUGUUCUCUCGCCAUCCCUGGUUGAGACGAUAGCCGGGUUCACGGCUGGCGUCGUCUCGACGCUUGUUGUGCAUCCGCUUGACAUUGUCAAGACUCGGUUACAGGUGGAUCGAUUUUCUACCUCCCGCAUCGGCAAUUCUCUUCGAAUUAUUCGUGAAAUCGGCCGUCACGAAGGGGGGCUCCGAGCGUUUUACCGUGGUCUUACUCCCAAUCUUGUCGGGAAUUCUGUGAGCUGGGGACUAUACUUCCUGUGGUAUCGCAAUCUCAAAGACGCAUUGAAUACAUUUUACGGGCCGCAGAAAAAUGGGUUGGACUCUUUGGAUUAUUUCGUUGCGUCUGGCACCGCCGGAGUUCUCACUGCUGUUUUGACCAAUCCCAUAUGGGUGAUCAAAACUCGUAUGCUAUCAACAGGUGCUAACGUAACUGGAGCCUAUCCCUCCAUGACACAUGGUAUCCGCGAAAUAUACCGGUCAGAAGGGUUUAAGGGAUUCUACCGUGGCAUGAUACCCGCUUUGUUCGGAGUUGGUCACGGUGCAUUGCAGUUUAUGGCAUACGAACAGUUGAAACGAUAUCGUUCGCAGUCGAUGUCCUCUGGUCUAACUACUUCCGAUUCUGGCGCCGGUAAACUUGGCAACGUAGACUAUUUGGCUUUGUCUGGAUUGUCGAAGAUAUUUGCCGGAAGCGUUACUUAUCCCUACCAGGUUUUGAGGGCACGCCUCCAGACGUAUGACGCCGCUGGUACAUAUCGAGGACUCGGCGACGUGAUAGCCCAAAUCUGGCGUCGAGAGGGUCUCGCAGGCUUUUACAAGGGACUUGGACCUAAUCUCUUCCGAGUCCUGCCCAGUACCUGGGUGACAUUUUUGGUUUAUGAGAAUAUGAGGGAAUACUGUCUACAACCGUGACCGCAACCUCCUGGUUGUCACGGUCGAUAUCCCGUCCGAGCCCGAGUCAAAUAUUGAUUGUGGCAUUUUGCAUCCAUCCCUCUUCCUAAGUAAUGUCUUACAUCG